AUGAAGGCAGCAAAACCACUCGUUCUCGACGGGCGAACGGGUGAAGGCGGCGGCCAACUCGUCCGACUGGCCUGUGCCCUCGCCGCCGUGACGGGGCAGGCGAUCCGCAUCACCAACGUGCGCGGCAACCGGGCUGGAGCUGCCCGCGGCGGCGGCCUCAAAUCACAGCAUGUCUCGUCCAUUGCAUGGCUGGCGCGGGCGACCAAUGCCCAGGUUGACGGUUUAGCCGUCGGUUCGCGUACGCUCGAGUUUGCACCCAAGGCUCCACCAACGGCUCUCGCACAGCGCAGCAUUUCCAUUGAUGUCGAAUCCCCUGCCGCGAGUGCCAUGCUCAUCUUCCAGGCCAUACUGCCGUACCUGUUGUUCGCCGGCAAUGCUGCUGCGGCUGCCGCGGGGAAAGGAGACGGCAUCGAGCUUGAGAUUCAUGGCGGCACCAAUGUUUCCUUCUCAUUGAGCUGGGAGUACUUGGACCAAGUCCUUUUACCAACACUAGAGGACCAAUUCGGCAUUGUGAUCAAGAGACAAUUGAAGCAAAGAGGUUGGAGUCUCGGCCCCGCCAAGAAGGGCUGCGUGCACUUCCAGUUCAACCCAUUGCGACCCGGCGAGAAGCUGACCUCGCGAGUACCAUGGAACAAGAGAUACACGGAGGAGGAUUUUGAGAUGGAGAAAAUCGACGCAACCAUUCUGACGCCGACCCAUUUGCAUGCUCCCCUGCAGCAGGCACUUGCCCGCGAUCUAGACCGGCUCUUCCCCAACGUCGACGUCAACCUUGUCGUCACCGAGGACAGCGGGCACGAGAGCCGCAUGUACGUGCUGCUGGUGGCGCAUUCAAAGACUGGUCUGCGCUGGGGCCGCGACUGGCUCUACGACAAGAAGUGGAAGACAAAGGCGCCCGACGCGCUGGCCCACGACAUGUCGAAAAAGGUCGCGGGCGACCUGCACGACGAGAUUGCGCUGCGCGGCGCCGUGGACGAGUUUCUCCAGGAUCAGCUCGUGGUGUUCCAGGCGCUUGCACAAGGACGUUCGAGUUUCCCUCGGGACGAACGGGGACCUGAGGACAUUGCUCUGGGAUUAGGGGGGCUGGAUAUCGAGGAGGAGGGAGACGAGGAGACGAGGAUGCGCAAGGACAAGACGCAUGAGCCGUUUGGGCAGGGAAGCACGCAUACUACCACGGCCAGGUGGGUGGCUGCUGAGCACCUGCCGCAAAUCAACUGGUAUAACAAAGGAAGAGUUUGUGAGGGGGCGGCUAUUGGUUUUGAUUGA